GAUCUAAAAAAGGGAUCCAAUAUAAAAGAGGAACAUAUAAAAUGAUUCAAAACGAGAAAACAAGUCGUCUUUGAAGCUGAACGACGGCUUUUCCAAUUGUCUCCCACUGUCUUCCUCCUCUCUCUGAUCUAUACACACACAUAUACAUACACUCCCGAAUUCUUCGCUGUCUGGAUCGGAUCGCACAAUUUACUUCCUAACCAACGGCUAGGAUCUAGAGAGAGAAAGAGUAGCCUAGAGAGAGAGAGCUAUACUCUUCUUCACUAGAUCUGAGCGGAAAUGGCGUUAUCUGGUAUGAGAGGCCUCUCUGUAUUCAUAAGCGACAUUCGUAAUUGUCAAAACAAAGAACUCGAACGUCUUCGUGUCGAUAAGGAGCUUGGACACAUUCGUACUCGCUUCAAAAAUGAAAAGGGUCUCACACCUUAUGAGAAGAAGAAAUAUGUCUGGAAGAUGCUUUACAUUUAUAUGUUGGGAUAUGAUGUCGAUUUUGGUCAUAUGGAAGCCGUUUCUUUAAUAUCAGCACCAAAGUAUCCUGAAAAGCAGGUUGGAUACAUUGUGACAUCAUCUUUGCUGAACGAGAAUCAUGAUUUUUUGAGAUUAGCAAUUAAUACUGUCCGCAAUGAUAUCAUUGGUCGCAAUGAGACAUUUCAGUGUCUUGCAUUGACUUUGGUUGGGAAUAUUGGUGGGAGAGAUUUUGCGGAAUCCCUAGCACCUGAUGUUCAGAAGUUACUUCUUUCCAGUAGUUGCAGACCACUUGUAAGAAAGAAGGCUGCACUGUGUUUACUGAGGCUUUUUAGGAAAAAUCCCGAUGUUGUUAAUGUUGAUGGCUGGUCUGAUCGGAUGGCGCAGCUAUUAGAUGAACGUGACAUUGGUGUUUUGACAUCAUCAAUGAGCCUUUUUGUUGCGUUAGUGGCCAAGGACUACGACUCAUAUUGGAGUUGUCUUCCAAAAUGUGUUAAAGUUUUGGAAAGGCUUGCCAGGAAUCAGGACAUUCCUCAAGAAUACACUUACUAUGGCAUUCCUUCUCCCUGGCUUCAGGUCAAAACAAUGAGGGCACUUCAGUAUUUUCCAACAGUAGAGGACCCAAACACAAGAAGAUCAUUGUUUGAAGUUUUACAACGAGUAUUGAUGGGCACUGAUGUGGUGAAAAAUGUAAACAAGAACAAUGCAUCACACGCUGUUCUUUUUGAAGCCCUUGCUCUGGUCAUGCACCUUGAUGCUGAAAAAGAAAUGAUGUCCCAGUGUGUUGCUUUACUCGGGAAGUUUAUCGCUGUGCGUGAACCAAAUAUUAGGUAUCUUGGUUUGGAAAAUAUGACUCGAAUGUUGAUGGUUACAGAUGUUCAGGAGAUUAUUAAAAGACAUCAGGCCCAAAUUAUAACCUCUUUAAAGGAUCCUGACAUCAGUAUCCGAAGACGUGCUCUUGAUCUACUGUAUGGCAUGUGUGAUGUUUCUAAUGCAAAGGACAUAGUUGAAGAACUGUUACAGUAUCUUGCCACAGCUGAUUUUGCAAUGCGUGAAGAAUUGUCACUAAAAGCUGCUAUUCUUGCGGAGAAGUUUGCCCCUGAUCUAUCAUGGUAUGUUGAUGUCAUCCUACAGUUAAUUGAUAAAGCAGGAGAGUUUGUCAGCGAUGACAUUUGGUUUCGGGUUGUGCAAUUUGUAACAAACAACGAGGACCUGCAGCCUUAUGCAGCACUUAAAGCAAGGGAGUAUCUUGAUAAGCCUGCCAUACAUGAAACAAUGGUGAAGGUCAGUGCUUAUCUCCUUGGAGAAUACAGUCAUCUUCUGGCCAGAAGGCCCGGGUGCAGUCCAAAGGAAAUAUUUAACAUAAUACAUGAGAAGCUUCCAACAGUUUCGACACCGACGAUCCCUAUUCUUCUUUCAACAUAUGCUAAGAUUUUGAUGCAUUCGCAACCCCCAGACCCAGAAUUACAGACUCAAAUUUUAGCAGUAUUUAGCAAAUAUGAGAGUUCCAUUGAUGUUGAGAUACAGCAGAGAGCUGCAGAGUAUAUUGCAUUGAGUAGGAAAGGUGCAGCAUUAGUGGAUAUUCUAGCUGAAAUGCCCAAGUUUCCAGAGCGUAAGUCCUCAUUGAUUAAAAAAGCAGAAGAUACUGAAGCUGAUACUGCUGAGCAAAGUGCUAUUAAGUUACGGGCACAACAGCAAAUGUCCAAUGCUCUGGCAGUAACAGAUCAACCCACUGCUAAUGGAUAUUCAUCUGAGCCACAGCUAGGUCCGGUCAAAGUGCCUAGCAUGACCAAUGAGACUACAGGCCAAGUGUUGACUCAGUCAAACGGGAGUGCAACAGAUCUUCAAGCGUCUACCCCUUCGCCAGAUCUCCUUGGUGAUCUUUUGAGUCCACUGGCAAUUGAAGCCCCUCCUGUUGCUUCAGUACAAUCUGAACAUAAUACAGUAAGCGGCUCUGAAGGUACUUCAAUUGCAGUAGAUGCUCUAGCCCUGGCAACUGUUGAAGAACAAACUAAUUCUGUGCAGCCGAUUGGAAAUGUUGCUGAAAGGUUUCAUGCUUUGUGUCUAAAAGAUAGUGGCGUAUUGUAUGAAGACCCUUAUGUUCAGAUUGGCAUAAAGGCAGAGUGGCGAUCUCAUCAAGGUCGACUUGUACUUUUCUUGGGAAACAAAAAUACUGCUGCACUAGUGUCAGUUCAGGCACUGAUGUUGGCUCCAUCCCAUCUAAAGUUAGAGCUCUCAGAAGUACCACAAACUAUUCCUCCACGGGCACAGGUGCAAUGUCCACUUGAAGUUGUCAAUCUACGGCCUAGUAGGGAUCUAGCUGUACUUGAAUUUUCUUACAAAUUUGGAACCGAUCUGGUCAAUGUUAAACUUAGGAUUCCUGCAGUCCUGAAUAAGUUUCUUCAGCCAAUACCAGUCUCACCAGAAGAGUUUUUUCCCCAAUGGAGAUCACUGUCCGGUCCACCUUUGAAACUUCAAGAAGUGGUAAGGGGUGUAAGACCAAUGCCCCUCGUGGAAAUGGCAAGCUUACUGAAUAGUUACCACUUGAUGGUUUGUCCUGGACUGGAUCCUAAUACGAAUAAUUUGGUUGCCAGCACAACUUUCUUUUCAGAAAGCACGCGUGCCAUGCUAUGCUUGGUAAGAAUUGAAACAGAUCCUGCAGAUAGAACACAGCUGCGUAUGACCGUGGCGUCAGGGGACCCUGCACUAACAUACGAGUUACUGGAAUUUAUCAAAGAACAGUUAAUUAGCAUCCCAUCAGCUUCUCAUCCGCCUCAACCUAUUCCUCAACAAGCUCCUCCAUCAAGUUCACUAAUAGCACAAUCAGAUCCCGGUGCCAUGCUAGCCGCUUUGCUUUGAUAGGGAUUCAUAAAAAAUUUGUUCAAUACAGUUGUACAAAUAUAUAUUAUACAACAAGCCCAUCCAUCUUAGCCAUUAAGAAAAAGGUGGGCAAAGGAUGAUAUGCCGCAAGGGAACUUGGGAUUAUGGGUGAGACUUAAUGUGAUCGGCUUAGCAAUAGAUUAAAUCUCAAGAGGUUGGAUUUGAAAUUUGGUAGUGUCUGAGGCAUCACAUUGUUUGUAGAAUAGUUUUCUUUUACCUUGGUUUUCCUCGGUUCUUAUUUAGAGUAGUGUUUCAGUGAUUUGGUUUCUGUGAUAUGUGCAUAGGAUGUGUGUGAUGAAGAAAAUUAUAUUGUAAGGAAAGCAAUUUUUAAGAGAAUAUUUGUUUGUAAAUCCACAAUUCAAAAUAAGAGUGGUUCUUGUUCAAGUUUCAA